AUGGACACGGGCUACUUCAAGGCCUCUACCGGAUUCGGCGUCGAUCAAUCGGGAAACAGCUACGGGGGAGACCCCGAGCUAACCCUCGAGGAAGCAAUCGACCUUGCCGAAAGCGAGGUGCAGGGCAUCGUCAGCCUCGUUAACGUUCUCUUCACGGACCAGUUUGGCGUCUACAUCGAGGUGAAAAACAUCGAGAUAAGAGUGCAAACAGCGGAAACAACCGAGGAUCAAGAGCAAGAACAAGAGCAAUGGGAUCCACUUGAAGCAAAGUGGAACCAUGAGCCCCUGGACCACACAAAGAGUCAUGGACAGGGUCGCCUAGAGUACGGCUGCCCCUACUCACGUUUGGACGUCACGGAGGAAACGUCGCCAAACGAACCGUCGAGUGAUCACUUUUCCACACUCAAGGGUUUCGCAGCCUGGAGAGAGUCGCUGCCACCCGAGGACCGCCUGGGCGUUUGGCAGCUGCUGACGGCGUGUUACGACGAGGGGGUUGAGGGUUUGAGCUACACAGCGGCAGCCUGUUCUGAUAGCAUGGGGGUCGGCUGGGUGUCUCGACGGACGUUGGGAACGUGGGAGGUUCUCGCGCAAGAGCUCGGGCACUCCCUUGGAAGUAGUGGCUUCCUGGACAUAGCCAAACACAUUUGUUACUUCUCUGCCUCGGUUCCACCCCCGAUUCGAAACUACGAAACCUCCCUCCGCUCAUGCAACGAUUCGUCGUUUUUCGGUAUGCCUUUCUGCGACACAUUUCGUUGUAUGUUCUUCCAGCCCUACGAGCCGACCUGUGGCAACGGGAUUUUGGAGCCCGGGGAGGACUGCGACGACGAUAGCCCUUGCUGCCGCCCCAACCAGUGCAAGCUGGUGCCCAAUGCCAGGUGUUCGCCGGGGUCCUCGUGGUGGAAAUCCCGGCCCACUAACAACAGCAGCGCCAACCCCGCCGUCGUCGCACACGGAGACUGGACGGGACAGUGUUGCACGGUCGACUGCCAGUUUCUGUCGUCCGCUACACUGUGCAGGGUAGGUCACAAGCGAAGGAACCCGAGGGCAAUAACGUAG